AACUUCACUCGCACCACCUAUCCUGAACCGUUCUAUCUCAUGCCUCUACCUUUCGAUUUUACUGCCCUCACAAAGGAUGAUCUACACGGUGUCGGCCUCGGACUGACUUCUGAGGUUGUACGAAUCGCCGAUACAAAUAUCGUCGCCAAAAUACCAACACCCUCAGCCAUCUUGGGACUGGAGGUACACGAGAUCGAGAAGAAGGUGUACGAGCGCGUACAGGACCAUCCGAAUAUUCUGCGCUAUCUCGGCCAGAGUCCGCCUGAAUGUACGCUGCUACGAGGUGCUCUGCUUUUCGAGUAUCACUCCCGAGGGAGUCUAAUAGAUUGUCUCGAUCAGCUUAAGAAUUUCACACGAAGCCGGUGGCCUUACCAGGCCGUGAGCGCCUUAGCAUAUCUACACUCCCUAAGAAUCGUCCACGCUGACUUCGGCCUACACAACUUUCUUCUCCGUGAUGAUGGCGGGAUCGUGCUGUGCGAUUUCGCGGGCUCCGGUAUAGACGGCGGCCGUUGCUCUGUGGGUCACGGUGUGCGGUAUAGGGACCCGCUAUCUCCUCGAGAAUACCCUACCGAACAGGAAGAUGUCUUUGCGCUGGGGACGGUCCUAUAUGAACUUGACCGAGGAGAACUGCUUUUCAAGGGGAUGAGCCACGAGGAGAUCUACAUGCGACUACGUAAUAGGCAGUGUCCUAACCUAUUAACGGUGUCCUUACCCUUAAGGGGUGUAAUUGAGAAGUGCUGGACCGUGCCGGGAUAUAAGGCUAGCGAUGCGUUAAAGGAGCUGGAGCCGCAGCGUCACAGUGCACUCUUCCAAGCAUUCCUUGGGCUUAGUGUCGCUAUAGUUGCCAUCUUCAUGUCUAGUGCGUGGUCGGCCUCGGCUAGACGCUAGAGAAGAACUCUGGCUUAGUGAGGAUAUUGCACUCGUUGACUUAGCCCUUAAGCACAGCAGCGGACCAAGGCGUGAGAUGUGAAAAGGAGCAUUUCUCUAAGCUUCUCAUCGAGGAUGGUUACGGAAUCGAGCGCAUUGACGGAAGCAAAAUCACGGUGGAAACGAGGGUUGUCGCCCGAGGUGCCUGAACUCUAGCCUUUCUUGAACUGCCAUCUGCGGACCAUGGAAGUGCUGCUAUAGCGGAAUCUCGUUCAUUGCUGGCCUCGAGUAUUCCCUAGGUAGAGACAUGGAAAUAAGCCGCUAAUGGUUCCGAAAAAGGCAGUCCUGCGCAUGCUACCGUUUGGUCCGAGAUUAUUCUAUAUAGCUCAAGUAUCGCAUU